AUGAAAGAAAUGAAAAGGUACCAUUUAGACAUCUUAGGAAUCAGUGAAUGUAGAUGGACCGAUGAGAAAGACAUAUUCUAUGACCAGCUUCAGAAAGUUAUUGAAAAGGCUCCUCGCCAUGACAUAAUCUUAGUAACUGGUGACAUGAAUGCAAAGAGUUACGGAAUACCUCAGAAACUCAUCAAUAUGAUUAGAGCCAUGUACAACAACAGUGAAUGUGCAGUGUUAAAUGAGAAUGGUAUGACUGAAUGGUUCACAGUGAAGUCGGGAGUAAAGCAGGGCUGUAACAUGUCAGGAUUCUUGUCCCUACUAGUUAUCGACUGGAUAAUGAGAGCAACAACUAAUAGCAACAACACAGGCAUCCGAUGGAACCUAACAACUAAACUAGAAGAGAUAGACUAUGCGGCGGAUGACAUAGCACUACUAUCCAGCACCAGAUCUAGAGAACGUAUUCAGCAGAAGACCAGCUUGCUAAACAACUACUCAAAACAACAGACUUGA